CGAGUGGUGGUUGCUUUCCAAGCCACGCUCACAACAGGUAAGAUUGGACCUAACUACGCCCACGGUGCCAUUAAAUUCAACGACGUUUCUCUGAACCUUGGAAACGGUUAUAACCCAAGCACUGGCUUAUUCACUGCGCCUAUAGGAGGUAUAUACCAAUUUACUGCCACAUACCUUCAGCAAAAUGGCUACAGUUCUCACGUUCGGCUGAUUAAAGGGAGCACGACUAUUAUCAGUGAUAUACAUGCAAACCACAAAAACUAUGAUCAGUUAACGAAAACCAUUCUUGUGGCUUUGGCAAAGGACAAGGCAUUCUUUGUUAAGUUGGAGAAAAGUAGUACCUACGCUGUACAUGGAAGCAGUCGAUAUACUCAAUUUGGUGGAUUCCUUCUUUCUGCCAAUUAUCAAUAA